AUGAGUGAAGGUUCAUCAUCUAUGGAAGCACAACCAUCAAAAGGUGGUAAAAUAUAUCAAAGUAAAUCUGAUGAAACUUUUGAAGUAUUCCAAAAUGAGAAGACUGAAUUAACAGGAUGGAACAAGUUUAAAGAUUCUUUUAAACAAGCUGAUCCUAAUGAUUUAAAACCUGCUGGACCAAUGUCAAAGAGACAUUUAAGAUUAAUCUCUUUAGCUACAGGUUUAGGUACUGGGUUAUUAGUUGGUUCUGGAGGUAAAUUACGUACUGCUGGACCUUUAUUUUUAUUAGUAGCAUAUUUUAUUGUGGGGGUUCUUAUGUUGCAACCAACCAUUUUCUCUGCUGGGGAAUUAUCAGUAGCUUAUCCAACUUUACCAGGGGGAUUCCAAAGUUAUUAUAAGAAAUUCAUUUGUCCUAGUGCAGCUUUUGCUUUAGGAUGGUUAUAUUUAAUUCAAUGGGCAUCAGUUGUUUCUUUAGAAUUAGUCACUGCAUCUAUGACUAUUAAAUAUUGGAACACUUCUAUUAAUUCUGAUGUUUUCGUUGCUAUCUUCUUAGUUGUAGUGGUAGCUAUUAAUUUAUGUGGUGCUAGAGGUUAUGCUGAAGCUGAAUUUGUUAUGAAUACUACUAAAUUACUUAUGUUAACUGGAUUCAUAAUUUUUGGAUUAGUAGCUGAUUUAGGUGGUACUAAACAUGGAUUCGUUGGUGGUAGAUACUGGAGAGAUCCUGGUAGUUAUACCUCAUUCAAAGGGUUAUGUACUGUUUUCUGUGCAUCAGCUUUCUCUUUUGGAGGUUCAGAAUUCGUUGCUUUAAGUGUAGCUGAUCAAGCAAACCCAAGAGGUGCUAUGAAAUCUGCUUGUAAAUUGAUUAUUCUUCGUGUUAUCAUCUUCUUCAUGGGUUCUUUAUUAUUUGUUGGUUUAUUAGUUCCUUAUACUUCAGAUCAAUUAUUAGGUUCAGGAGGUUCAGCCACUCAUGCUUCACCUUUUGUCAUUGCCGCUGAAACUUAUGGUAGUCAUGCAUUAUCAUCAAUUGUUAAUGCUGUCAUCUUGAUAUCUGUUACUUCAGUAGCAACCGCUGCUAUGUAUUCAUCACCAAGAUUAUUAUUAUCAUUAGCUGAACAAGGUAUGGCACCAAAAAUUUUCACUUAUGUCGAUAAAACCGGUAGACCUUUAUAUGGAUGGUAUGCUACUAUUGUUGCAUCAUUCUUUUGUUUCAUAGCUACUUAUGAAAAACAAGAAACUGUUUUCAAUUGGUUAUUAUCAAUUUCAGGUAUUUGUUUCUUAUUUGUUUGGCCAGCUAUUUGUUACUGUCAUGUUAGAUUUAGAUAUGCAUUGAAAUUAAAGGGAAUCCCAUUAACAGAAUUGGGUUACGUUUCACCAACAGGUAUUUGGGGAUCAUAUAUUUCCAUCAUUAUUAAUAUUUUAAUGUUAAUAGCUCAAUUCUGGGUUGCUUUAUUCCCAGGAUCUGAACCUGAUGCUAAUUCAUUCUUUCAAAAUUAUCUUGGAGGUGUUGUUCUUUUAGUGUUAUACGGAGGUCAUAAAUUAUGGACUAGAAAUUGGAGAUGGUUGAUACCUUUAGAAGAAAUAGAUGUAAAUCAAGAUAGAGCAUUAUUUGAUAGUGAAGUCAUGGCAUUAGAAAGGGAAGAAGAAAAGGAAAGAUUCAAGAAAGCUAACAUUUUCAAGAAAUUUGUUAUGUUGAUUAGUUAG